UCAUGACUGACGCAAGAGAGAUUCUAAUACCCCGGUUUAUCUACAUCAGGGAGAUCAACUCUAAAGCUCAGACCUGAUCAGCGAUAUUGAAAUAUUCAAACUCAAAGCAAGCCAUCAGGGUUUAUAGAGGAGUUUCGGAAUUUAUACAAGAUUUGGAAGCCUACAAGUCUAAAAAUGAGCAUCUUGAAUUCACCAAUGUCAAAAAUUUGUAUGGAACCAUGGGUGUUAUUCGGAGAGGUACCAGAGAAUACCUCUUGCUUAUUGAAGAAUGCACCUUGAUCGGCCAGAUACUUAAAGCCAAUAUCUUUAGAGUUGAUGAAAUUUUAGUAAUUUCUCUACAAGAAGAAAAUGAGGAAGACAUGGAGUACACAGACUCAGUUAAAGAUCUUGUCAAUGAUCAAUCUUUCUAUUUCAGCUAUAAUUACAAUCUUACUCAUUCUUUACAGGAAAAUAUUCACAAAGGACUUCUAGUUGAAGAGUCGAAGCAAUUUUCUGAUGAAGACUGAUCUGAAGAGUAUUUUCCCAAUUAUGAUAAAAAAUUUAUUUUUAACAAACUCCUUCUGUCACGACUUAAUAAUUGCUCAAAUGAGCAUCUAUGGCCUUUCAUAGUUCCAUUAAUCUAUGGGGUUGUUAGUAUAAAUUCAACCUAUCUAGACGAAAAUAAGGUUGGUAUCAUCUUGAUUUCAAGAAAAGACUGUAACCGCCUAGGAAGAAGAUUUACUUCAAGAGGUAUUGAUGACGAAGGAAAUGUAUCAAACUUUGUAGAGACAGAGCAUAUUCUUAUCCAUUAUGAACAGGAUUUCUGCCAAGUAGCUUCUUAUACCCAGAUUAGAGGUAGUAUACCCUUGUUCUGGACUCAGAAACCAACUCUAAAAUAUGCUCCAACCAUUGGAAUCUGAACUGAUGAUGACAAGAAUAAAGCUGCAGCUGAGAAACAUUUCUCGAACAAUAUUGAAAAAUAUGGUGAUCAUGUUCUCAUCAAUCUUGUUGAUAAAAAGGGAUCCCAAAACAAGAUAGGAACGGCUUUCACAAAUUUAAUAAAAUCCCUCAAUAAUGAGAGGCUCCAUUAUGAAUGGUUUGAUUUUCACGGCGAGUGAAAAUAAUAUGCAAUGGGAAAAUCUCAAGAUUCUCAUAAAUAAUAUCAAAGAGAAAAUUGAUGAACAAAAAUACUUUAUGGCAAGCCUUGAUCACACUUUUGAUAAAAUCGGCAAACUUACUCAAUCGAAUUGUAAAAUCACCCAAACCCAAAUUGGUGUCUGAAGAACAAAUUGAAUGGAUUGUUUGGACCGAACAAAUGUAGUCCAGUCUGUCAUCUCAAGACUAAUAGCUCACAGACAGCUUUGGAAGAUGAAUAUCCUGGAUGAACCCAAAGGAGAUGUAUUCGAGUCUUUUCCAAAAGAAUUUGAUGCUCUUUUCAGACAAGCUUGGACUAACAAUGCUAAUGUGUGAAGUAUUCUCUAUUCAGGAACCCCAGCCUUAAAGACAGACUUUACUUUGACAGGCAAGAGAAGCGCUAAAGGAGCAGUUGUUGAUGGAAUUAAUUCUGCUAAAAGAUACUAUAUCAACAAUUUCUGUGAUUCAUAUAAUCAAGAUAUCCUUGAUUCAACAGUGCUAAGCAUAGACCUUAAUAAAGAUGGAGUAAGUGAUCACCAAUUAGAAAAGGAAAAGGACAGUACAAAUGGAUACACUAUGAAAUUCAUACACUUGAUUACUGUUGCUGGAAUUGCUGGCUUCACUCUCAAAAGUUUGUUCCAAUAAUCAUCUUUGAGUACAGUAGCAACCUCCAGGUUCUCUAUCCAACAAUUAGGUUAACUAUUAUUUCAAAUUUAUUCAUCAUAAUUG